AAGCUAAAGGGAAUCAGAGAGCACCCAGGAGAGGUUCAGAGCCUGGCUUGUGGGGUCACAGGAUCCUGAGAUCCAGAUGAAGGCUGAGCCCCCAUCCAGAUCCACCCCUCACCCCCUACACAGUUACACACACAUUUGUAGGCAAUUUGGGAGUGUUCUUGGUCCUUCUGGCUUUGCCUGGAAAGAAUGCCCUCCCCACCCGCUCUGGUUCCAGCCCACCACCCUUACAGGCCUGCAAAGCUCCCUCUUCAACUCUGGACUUUGUACCAGUCACCGGACGUUCAGUUGUUUAUCAGCCUGAGCACCUGCCUGCUGAGGUGAGCCAAGCUCGGCCUCGACCCGCCCACCUGUCCAGGUUCUGCCGGCCCCAGCCGGAAGCUUACUCCGCGGAUUGUGCACAGUUCUUGAAGGUGGGAACAGAAGAGAAGGCCCGGGGGGGCCGGGGAGGGGGUACCCAGGCUCUGCACAGAUCCCCAAGGGGCUCCUGGCAGCAGGAAAGAAGCUACACAUCAGAGUUGGGGACUUGUGCCCUGGGGCUGCCUGGCAUCUGGGGGCCUCCUCAGAGCCAGGGCUCUUUCUGCUUGAGGCUGAGACUCACUGGUGUCAUCAGGCCCCUCCAUGAAUGAGACAAACAAAACACUUGUGGGGCCCUCGGAGCUCCCCACAGCGUCUGCUGUGGCCCCUGGCCCAGGCACUGGGGCUCGGGCAUGGCCUGUGCUGGUAGGAUUUGUGCUGGGGGCUGUGGUCCUCUCGCUCCUCAUCGCACUUGCUGCCAAAUGCCACCUCUGCCGCCGAUACCAUGCCAGCUACCGGCACCGCCCACUGCCUGAGACAGGAAGGGGGGGCCGCCCACAGGUGGCUGAAGAUGAGGAUGAUGAUGGCUUCAUCGAGGACAAUUACAUUCAGCCUGGGACUGGCGAGCUGGGGACAGAGGGUAGCAGGGACCACUUCUCCCUCUGAGCUCCCAUCUUUGGACCCUCCCCACUCCCUCCAUGCCUGACAGCUUAAGGACAGUGGUUAUGACAUGGGGGCCUCGAACCUCAGGGACAGAGGUGGCUGGGGCUUAAAGGUUGGCCAGGGAUGGAGUAAACCCCACUUCCCUGACACUAGCCAGCAAAGUGACAAUGACCCUGUCUUGCUCAGUAACUCUCAAUGGUUCCCUGCUGUUCUCAGGAUAAAGCCAAACAAAGGCUUGAGUGUGGACAUAAGGCCCUCUGUGAUCA